AUGUCAUCUCCUCUUCCCCCCCCACCCCCGCCGGAAUGGGUUGUCGCGCUGGACUCCCCUAUGCCACGUCCCACCAAGGCUGCCAGCACCAUCCCGGAUCCACCAGGCUUCUCCAGCACUCGGGGAGGUAAACAGCAAAAGCAGCAGCAGAAGCAACCCUCCGAGAAGAGACCCGAAGAGACCGACGCCCUGAAGAUCAAGAAGGCGUGGGAGAUCGCCAUCGCCCCGUCCAAGCAGAUCCCCAUGAACGCAAUCAUGAUGUAUAUGUCCGGCAACAGCCUUCAGAUUUUCAGUAUUAUGAUGGUUUUCAUGCUGUUCAAGGGUCCUAUUCAGGGUCUGAUCAAUACCAAUGUCAUGUUUGCCAAGUUUGAGACCCCAACAACUAAGAGUCGCCUGCUCGGGGCGAAGGCUGUUUAUGUGCUGGUGCAAUUGGGUCUAUUGGCGUUGGGAAUCUGGAAGGUCAAUGCGAUGGGACUUUUGCCAACAACAAGAUCGGAUUGGCUUGCAUGGGAAUCGGAAAGACAACCUUUGGAGCAGGCUUAUUUUGCUUUUAGGUGA